CUUGUGUUGGUGAAUUCGGUAGCCAGAAAGUGGGCGUUACUUUGCAAGUUUCUGCGAGCAGCAAGAAUUUGUGCCUGCCCCCCCUCACGCGCUAUACCGCCCUCGAGGUGUGGAGGCUACAUGUGGAGGAGAUGGAUGCAGUGCCCCUUGCCAGAGCCCCUCUACUUCCCUGUCCGUCCGUGUCCGUACCUCUACCCAGCCUAAACAGCGAGACGCCCCAUUAGAGGUUUGAGCUCUAUUCGAAGAGGAAGUAAACUCAUGACCGGAUUGAUGAUGUCCAUGUUCUCGUCGAAGGACUAUGGGUCGCGCUAGUGUCACUGUCAGGUGAACAUCCUGGUAACUUUCUCAGCAUGGCGAAGGAAUACGAUGUUCUGCUUCGACUAAUGUUGCUUGGAGACUCCGGAGUCGGAAAAACCUGUUUGCUUUGGAGGUUCACGGAUGACGACUUUCACCCCUCUCACAUCUCUACUAUUGGAAUUGAUUUCAAGAUGAAAACACUAGAAAUCGAUGGCGUCAGAGUAAGAGUGCAGAUAUGGGAUACAGCAGGCCAGGAGAGGUACCAGACUGUCACCAAGCAGUAUUACAGGCGAGCACAGGGGAUCCUCCUGGUGUACGAUGUCACAAAUGAACACUCCUUUCAAGACAUUGUCAAAUGGGCCAGUGAUGUCGAUGAGUGUGCACCUGAGCGGGUGAAGUGGAUUCUGGUGGGGAAUAAGUGUGAUGAGAAGGAGAGAAGAGUCACUACUGAACAAGGGAAUAAGUUAGCAAAAACAUACGGAAUGGAUUUCUUUGAGACGAGUGCCUUCAGCAACUACAACAUCAAUGAGUGCUUCACGCGGCUCACGGAACUGGUACUACAUGCCAACAGGAAGGAACUGGACGGUCUGUCGCUGUCCAUUAGUGAUGACCUCAGCUCUGCUGGCCAGCGGUCGGUGGAAGUCAGCCAGAAGGUGGAGGAGAGCGCUGAGAGGACCUGCUCAUGUUAGACAGGAAGUAGCAUCCUCUGCCACCUGACGUACUGUACACCUCUGUAAGGUCACUCAGUUUGGGAGAAUCGAUGUUAUCAGUUCAGUGUGGGAGACUGAUUCCUAAAGAGUCCGGUCAGCUCCACAAUGACCAGUUAUUCAGCGUAGUCAGGGAAUACGCUGCAUGAACUGUUUACUUUUAUAAAAACAUGCCAGACGGCCUGUCCACAAUAAAAGGGCCACAGCCUGCUGUCCCUGUUGUUGCGCAGGUUCAACAGUAGGGGGCAGUAGCCUGCAUUUUCAUAAUGCCUGCAGUUGGUGAAUGUGUUCCUUUAAGUAAUACGCCUGUUUAGGACAGUUUGAAAAGACAGGCCAGAUGUGACGUCCCUGUGUUUGUGUCACCUGUCGGAAACACCUGCCCUGAGUGUGUGACACAGACUACUGAUCUCUCGUGGACACACCUAUUUAUGAAUGUAUUUCCUCCUGCAUUACGUUGUGUUUUUACUUGUGUACUAAUACUGUCUGUCAUGUGCUGCCUGCUGUGUCUGUUACAGGACACUCUGAUGUCCAGUGGUCACUCAUUAUUAAGUAUAUGUUGUCUUUGUUUACAAUGGAAAUAAAAAACACGUUUUCAAUAAUA